GUCCAGGUAAUGGCUGCUACAGAGGCCCAGGGGCUUGGUGUGGACCCCCGGGAGGAUGAGGUCUGCGGUGUCCGCGGGGUCCGUGGCGAAAUCGGGCACAUGGAUCAUGAAGACAGUAAAGACUGUAUCCUGGAGCCGCUUUCCCUGCCAGAGAGUCCAGGUGGCACCGCCGCUUUAGAAGGGCCUCCAUCUGUGCCUUGUAUUUUCUGUGAAGAACAUUUUCCCAUGACUGAACAAGACAAACUUUUGAAGCACAUGAUUAUCGAGCAUAAGAUUGUCAUAGCUGAUGUGAAGCUCGUUGCAGAUUUCCAAAGGUACAUUUUAUAUUGGAGGAAAAGGUUCACUGAACAGCCCAUCACAGAUUUUUGCAGCGUGAUAAGAAUCAAUUCCACAGCUCCAUCUGAACAAGACAACUAUUAUUUGUUAUGUGAUGUGUUACCAGAAGAUAGAAUCCUCAGAGAAGAGCUUCAAAAACAGAAGCUGAAAGAAAUUCUGGAUCAGCAACAGCGAGAGCGAAAUGAUACAAGCUUUCAUGGUGUGUGCAUGUUUUGCAGUGAGGAAUUUCGUGGAAACAGAUCUGUUCUGUUGAACCACAUGGCCAGAGAGCAUGCUUUCAACAUUGGUUUGCCAGACAACAUUGUAAACUGCACUGAAUUCUUAUGCACAUUACAGAAGAAACUGGACAACUUACAAUGUUUGUACUGUGAGAAGACCUUCAGAGACAAAAACACACUUAAAGAUCACAUGAGAAAAAAGCAGCAUCGUAGGAUCAAUCCAAAAAACAGAGAAUAUGACCGAUUCUAUGUCAUCAAUUACUUGGAACUUGGGAAGUCAUGGGAAGAGGUGCAGUCGGAAGAUGACCGGGAGCUGCUGGACCUUCAGGAAGAUGACUGGUCUGAUUGGCAGGAGUACCCUGUCUCCGCUGUCUGUCUAUUUUGUGAAAAGCAAGAGGAGACAAUAGAUAAAUUGUAUGUGCACAUGAAGGACACACAUGAGUUUGAUCUCCUCAGAAUAAAGUCAGAGCUUGGAUUAAAUUUCUAUCAGCAAGUGAAGCUGGUCAAUUUCAUCCGAAGGCAAGUUCACCAGUGCAGGUGCUACAGUUGCCAUGUGAAGUUUAAAUCCAAAACAGACUUAAGAAUUCACAUGGAAGAAGCUAAACACACCUCACUGCUUCCUGACAGAAAAGCAUGGGAUCAACUGGAGUAUUACUUCCCCACCUAUGAGAAUGACACUCUCCUGUGUACCCUGUCUGACAGUGAAAGUGACCUAACAGCUCAAGAGCCAACUGAAAGCGUUCCCAUCAUCAGUGAGGACACAUCCAGACUAUGUGCUUUAAAACAGAGCAGUGUUCUCAACCAAUUGCUAAUCCAGGGAUGCCUGGAAAACUAGGAGAAGCUGCUGCAGACGCAGUGGACAGGCUGCCGUGGACACAGUGUCGCAUGGUUUCCUCCUGUGAGACACAGACAAAAGAAGAGUUCAGAGUUGAUCAUCGACACAGCGCUAUUCACUGCUGCAAUCAUGGUUGUUCUUAAUGAAAAUGUUUUCAAGAAAUAAAGAAGAAAAAUAAAAUGUGUUGCUUUUAUAUUUGAACUGAGAAAUUUUAUUAUAGGAUUAUCUUAAAUGAUUUGACUUCAGAAACUCGUGAUUAUCUACAACAUGGAGAACGUAGAAGUCACAAACAGGCGAACGGUGAACCUGAUCUUACGCCAUUGUUUAGUCUCCUUCCCACGGGCCUGUCAGGCGUUCAGUGUGAUUUCCGUACUAAAUUGGGAACUUGUGAAUGAUUAAAACAAGACCCACUGAAGCAAAGAAAGAUGGCCAAAGGUCUAGAUAAUGCGCAAACUAGGCUAUUUAAAAAUAAUCCAAACCUGAUUGUAUUACAUCGUUAUUGUUUUCCUGUUACAAACCCCAUAGAAAUGGGCGUAGUGUAAUUAGGCUUACUAUUCCCCAAAAUAUAUGUGCACCUAUGUAUGUGUUUUCCCGAUUACAUAUUAUAACAGCAAUGGUAACAAAGGUAAGUACCACUGUCUGUUAACAUAACUGCAGUGGUAUUAUAACACCUAAUAAAAGGAACUUCUCAAUAUCAUUUUUACUUUUCCCAGGUAGUCUCAAAAAUGUCUUCUUAUAGCAAGUACCAGCUGUGAUGCACUUAAUAUAUGAGGUCUUAUAAGAUGUCCUCAGAGGAGGGGGGGAUGGAAUAA